CUGCAAUGGCAUCCAGGAACUCUAGCGUGCUGGCAUGCAACUACGCCAUAUCGGGUGCCGGAUCGUCAGAUCUCGGUGCGAAGCAUGCCUCUAUGCCUUCCGUGGCUUCUCCCGUCAUAAACUACCAGUGAUCAGGGCCCAACAGGCUAAUAUUGAUUCAAAAGAGUUGCACGAUUCUGCCAGCCAAGGAAGAAGAGCAGCGAUUCUUUGCCUUGCAGCUGCCCUUUUUACAACUGCUGCCUCCACCUCUUCUGCUAAUGCUGGAAUCAUUGAAGAACUACUUGAAAAGAGCAAAGAAAACAAGAGGUUGGCUACAAGCGGCGCAAACUUUGCAAGGGCAUUCACUGUUGAAUUUGGAACAUGUCAGUUCCCUGAGAACUUCACUGGCUGCCAAGAUCUUGCCAAGCAGAAGAAAGUAUCAUUUCUCUCUGAUGACUUGGAGGUGGAAUGCAAAGGGAAGGACAAAUACAAGUGUGGUUCCAAUGUGUUCUGGAAAUGGUGA